UGCGGGGUACGGAAGUACCUCCCGUGCUCAUCCUGCCAAGGCCCGGGCUGCCACUUCAUCACUCUUCUGUCUAACUGUACUUUUGUUGUGGCUCUUCGCAGCCUGAACAUCACGUCGUUAUGUCUGGUCUCCUCACCUAUCUGCCGUUCUUCAAGAACAAGCAGCCUCCACUACCGGAGCUUCUUGAAACCGAUGACAUCAUCCCUGUGCACUUAUUCGACGACUCUGCGGCAGCGCGCGGGAUAGUACUGGUGUGGACAUACAAGUUCGACGAUGUCCUGGACCCUGGCAAGCUCCAUGCUGCCUUGUCGCAGCUUUUUCAGAUGGAUGGGUGGCGGAGGUUCAGUGGGAGGUUCAGGUAUCGGCCGGAUGGGAGUUUGGAGAUACAUGUCCCAAAUAUUUGUUCAGAGGAGCGUCCGGCCGUGCAUUUUACCAAAGAACACCAUGAUAGCCCCAUGACGGAGCACCCGUUGGCCGCCAAGCUGCCACGGCCAACGGGUCAAGUUACUACUUAUUCCGGCCCCAGGGAGUUUUGCUCUCUCGGACUAGGCCCUGGGACGCCUCGCAACAUAAAUGACUUCGUCUUCUCCGGCAAACCCCAAUUCUGUUUGCAUGUGCAGACGUUCACAGACGGCACUCUCGUAUCUGUCACGCACUCUCACAUAUCAACCGACUUGAUGGGAUUGGCAUCCAUACUUGAAGCAUGGAGUCUCGUUCUGGCCGGAAAGCCGGAAGCUGUGGCUCCAAUGGUGGGAUAUCGCGAAGACGCCUUUGAUGGCCUAUGGAACCCGGCACCCAAGCAACGCCAUGUUCUGGCGGACAAGGUGCUCGACGGGUGGCGCCUCAAAUAUUGGGGACUACGCAGCUUGUAUGAUUCGUGGCGCUGCCCGGAUGUGCAAUCGCGCACCUUGUGUGUCCCAAGGCACACGAUGGAGAACAUUAUGCAAGAAGCGAGGAGUCACAUCGUGGUCGAAGUCGAUGAUGCUACCUCUUCGGGGUCCAGCAAGCCCUUCAUCAGCGAAGGAGACGUUCUGACCGCUGUGGCCUGCCGAAUGCUGGCGCAGUACCACGGGCCCGGCUCGGGUCGGGAGUUGGCGACCAUCAUGGCCUUGGACCCUCGAAGUCGCGCCCGGUCGGUUUUCCGUCAAGACGCAGCAUACGUCCAAAACUCGCCAACAAAUAUUUACUUCUUCUGUCGCGCCAACGAAGCUCUCGAGCUGCCGCUGGGUAAGCUGGCCCGCUUGGUGCGCGAGGCCAUAGCAACCCAGGCCGCGGAAGAACAGCUAAAGGCAGCCGCAUCUCUUUCCUUGGAGUCGAUGAGGGCAACCAAGAUGCCGGUCAUCUUUGGUGACAAGAAUAUGGCCACCCAAUUCAUGUCCAACUGGACCAAAGGUAACCUUGCCGAGAAGAUGGACUUCAGUCCAGCGGUCGUGCGAGACGCGGCUCCGGGGCUAGGAAAGAGCAAACGAGGGCAUCCCGUGUACUAUCACGCAUCUGACCCAUCCCACAAUGCGGUCUUGGUCAUUUCGAGCAUUUUUGUCGUCGUGGGAAAGGACUAUGACGGCAACACUUGGUUCUCCAUUUCGUUACCGGGCAAGAUGUGGUCGGAUUUGAUGGAUUACUUAGAGCGAUUCGCAUGA